AUUAAUAUAAGGGACACAUUAUAUUGAAAAUAUAAUUAUUUAUUCUCACAGUUCAUUUGAUUAAUAUUGCACUAUUUUACAACAAAUUAAGUUUUAUAAGGUGAAAUGUAAAGAAUGUGAUUUUGUCCAACUCAAUUAAUUUUAGUCCAAUACAAAGUAGUAAUGUGGUCCAACAAAGUUAGCUAUUAAUAUACACCUGUGAAAAAUGUGCCUUGGUCAAAAUGUACAGAGAAUUUAAAACCCUGAACACACUGUCCCCACUAUGAAACACGGCAGUGGCAGUAUCAUGCUAUAGGUAAGCGUUCCUUCUGCAGGGACAACCAAACUUGGACGGACGUUCACUUUACCUCAGGAUGGUGACCCUAAAUGGCUUACCGUGUCCUAGUCAAAGUCCAAAACGAAAUCAGUUAAGUACCCUUUACAUUAACCCAGUUAAUUCUUGUAUAGUUUUAUUAUAUAGUCAGAUACAGGUCCCAAUUCAUGCAUUCUAGUAUAAUUUAAAUAAGAAUGCAGCAGGGAUUUAAGUUCAAAAGUGUUAAAAGCCUGCCAGUUUACAAAUAAAUCAUAAAGGGAUAUUGAAACGUCUUUCCUACCAAACAAUAAAUAGCAAAUGUUUGUUUUACUAAUUUAUAAUUUAAAGUAUUGCAAAGGCUAACUUUAAAACAGUAUAUAUUUGUUUAAUGUCGAAACUUAGGAUAUAUAAUUGCUUAGCAAAGCUAUGUUGUGACUAGUUAAAAAUGUACAUUUUACAUACAUUUAUGAACAUGAGUGUUUCUGUCAUGUUAUAUUUAUAGUAACACUUUUAGUAUGUCAACCUUUAUGGAGUAUAUAAUGUAUUUUCUGCAAUACUUGCCUUAAACUGGGUCAAAUUAUUUGAUUUGUUGGCAAUGUCGCUCCGUAUUGUUUGGGGGCGGAGUCUAAGGGGAGGAGGGCACGAGGUGGACAAGGGUUGCCAUGGCAACCGUAACUCAACGUAACGUCCGUUCAUUUAAAAAGACCACAGAGGCAGCGUAAAUGCUGGUCCUGUUAAGGUAACAGACGUGUUAUCUGUUAGUUGAGAAUAAUGGUCGCUAUCUGUAGUUAAACGCAAGUAACUGACUAAAACAAACAAACAAAAAAAAGUGGGUGCUUCUCUUUCUAGAGAGAAGAUGGAGUUGGAAAGGACGGUGACUGAACGCUCGACCUCGAGUCGCCAUGAAAAAAGUUUGGGGCUCCUCACGAUGAAGUUUGUCAGUCUACUGCAAGAAGCUAAGGAUGGCGUUCUUGAUUUAAAAGUGGCUGCAGACAGUUUGGCAGUGAAGCAGAAGAGGAGGAUUUAUGACAUCACGAACGUCCUGGAAGGUGUGGGGCUAAUCGAGAAGAAAAACAAGAACAUAAUCCAGUGGAGGGGGCAGAACAACGGGAGCCAAAGUCAGGAGAUGUUGGAGCAGAUCAGAGUUUUAAAAGCCCACAUCUCUGAGCUCGAGGUUCAAGAGAAGGAGCUGGAUGACCAGAAGGCCUGGGUGGAAGAGAACAUCAAACACCUCAACCAUGAUCCAGACAUCUGCGCCUAUAAAUUUGUGACACACGAGGACAUCUGCAAUUCUUUCAGUGGAGACACUCUUCUGGCUGUUGUGGCUCCCUCUGGAACCCAGCUGGAGGUGCCACGUCCUGAAAGGAGUAAAAGUGGUCAGAAGAAAUACCAAGUGAACCUGCGGAGCCACUCUGCUCCCAUCCAAGUGAUGCUCAUCAACAGAGAGUCCGGCUCCAGGGUCCCUGUGGUCUUUCCUGUACCACCCACCGACGACAUUUGUCUGAUGCCAACCCCGCCCAGCACGCCCGCCAGCCUGCAGAAGUUCCCCCUCCUAAACUGUGCUGCCACUACACCCAACCCCACCUUCUCCUGCAGCCAGGACUCCGUCUCCUCAGACCAGCAGAUGGUGCUGCCAGACCUUGAUGAAGAGCUGACUCCAUCUUCCACCCCUGGUGACGUGCAAAUGGAGUGUCACAGCGAGUCAGCAGCAGCAGUGUUGGAGCAGCAUCAAAUAGACCUGGAGGAUCCAGAGUUCCAGUCUGUUCUGGACGUUAGCAGCCUGCUGCGGCUCAGCGCAGGCGCUGACAGCAUGAGGGACGACAGAGAGGGAGCUGUUGACCUUAUUGAUGAACUAAUGUCUUCUAAUGGUAUAGACUACAGCUUCAAUCUGGAUGAUGGUGCAGGAGUGUGUGACCUGUUUGAUGUGCAGAUCCUCAAUUACUGAUCUCUGCUGCCUGCCACAACUCUGCUGCCCUCAUUUCACACACCUCCAAGAAAUAUUUCCUGUUAUGUUGUUAUUGCACAGUCAGUGCUUCAUAUUGUUGCCUUAAAACAAAAAACGACACAUCUUUAGACUGCACAGCUGUGCAUCAGACACGAUACAGUGACUUUUGUCAAUGACACCUGGCACCUGAAUGCGUUCUUCAUCAAAUAUAUACAUAUUUUUAAGGAAGCCACAUUUGAUGUCUUUACUAAGACUUUAAUGGUUUUCUGGGUAAAUAAAAAAUUCCAGACAGAUAACAUGUCUUAGAAGUAAAGUAAGAUUAAUCCUACAGCCUCUUUAUAUUUUUCCUCAUCCACAGGCUUUUUUUGUCUAUUUUUCUUAUUCUUUUGCGGCUGGUUUUAUUUCUUUAUUUCAACCAAGGUUGGAAAUCCAAGCUCUUUUUUUUUAAUUGAAAAGCAUCAUUUGUUUUACAGUUCUGAUUCAGAAACGUCUGAUAUUUAAGGAAUAAAUGUUUUGGUGUCAUUUUGUUACUUAUUAUUGAGGGGGGGGGAAAAAGCCAGAAACCUUUUUCUAUAUUAAUGACACUGCCAGUUUAUGCCUCCCUUUUUCACAGCUGUAUAUAUUUAACUACAUUUUAUUCUUAAUUUAAGUUAAAAAAGCUAUUUGUUCUAGUGUUUUGUAACUGAAACUAGGUUAAAUGUCUUCAUUUAAAUAACUGAGUUUGCCAUUUUUCUAAAUUGAUGACUAUUCAGAGCCCUGAAUGACAUUUCUGUGUAUUUAUGUUUUCUAAUUAAAAGAAGUCAUGUUUCGUU